AUGAAACAUACCGCAUGCGGUGGGUGGAUUGAGAUUCGCACGGAUCCGAAGAAUACGGCGUAUGUGGUUACGGAGGGAGCGAGGAAGAGGGAGACAGGGGAGGAUCAGGUGCCGCCGGUGGCGGGGCUGGGGGAGAUUGCGUUUAAGCUUGGACGGGAGGGGAGGGAGGGGGAGGACGAUCCGUUGGCGAGGUUGGAGGGGAAGGUGGCCGAUAAGAGGCGUGCAGAAACGGAGAGUUCGAGGAUUUUGGAGCUGCAGGAGCGGCAGUCUCGCGAUUGGGAUGAUCCGUAUGAGAAAUCGAGACGGUUGCGGAGGACGUUUCGGGUUGAGCGGAAACAGCUUGAGCGCACGGAGAAGGAUACAGAAGCGUUGAAGGAUAAGAUGAGCUUGGGGAUUGAGUUGGUUGCAGAGAAUGAGGAGGAUAGAGUCAGGGCUGGUUUGGUGGAUUUCGGUGGUGCUGCUGCUCCCGAGUCUGUGGAGGAUGCGGUGCGGGCUACGCGGUUACGGCCGUUAUUCGCGACCGAUGCUCGAAAGGAGAAAGAUGGGAAAGAGAAGAAGCAUAAGAGAGUUCGAACGGCGGACCUACUGGCAAAUCGCAAAGCCGCGUUCCGACAAGAGCUGACGGGGAAUACCCGUGCGGCCGUGGAUCCGUUUCUAAAUGCUGCGGACGAAGAUGCGUGGCAGCCUGGACUCAAGCGAAGGAAGAUAGCCAAGGCGUCUGCUCGCGGUCCUGAUAUUGAAAGGGAUGGGCGGGAUGUCAAGGUUGAAAAUGACAGGGUUUCUGGACCCCAGUCUCAGCCUCAGCCCCAGGUAGAAAAACCGCCUGAAAAGAACCCGGCUCCAGUUGCAUUGGUUGAUUAUGGAUCGGAUUCUUCGUAA